AUGUGGCAUCGCGCAUCCGGCCCCGCCCAUCGAGACCAGCACGUCCCCCACCACUCGCAUCCACACCCGCAGCACACGGCCCCUGCCCUACCGCAAUGCCACUCCCCGGACUGUUGCCAUGCCAACCGUCGCAUCGCCACCACGCCUUCGUCAAUUCACGCGCUGCGCAAGCAUCACGUCCACAGCCAGUCAGCGUCGUUGCUGAGGCACCAUCCGCGGUUGCACUUUCCCCCUCCGCCGUCUUACCCUCCCUCGGACAUGGAGGAGUACCUGAACGCGCCCGGGCCGUCGACGAGGCCGGAUCCGCCGUGGCCGGUCGGCGCUCCCGAUGCUCCGCCUUCGCCUUGGCCGGUCGGCGCUCCCGACGCCCCGCCUCCGAACCCAGCCGAGUAUUCGUACGCGUAUCUCGAAGAGGGAGGAGCAAACGCUGCAAGUGGGGGCGUGCCGUACGGUGGGCCGUACAGAGAGGGGUCGUACCGCACCAGGCAUACGUAUCUUACUAGGUAUGGCACGGAGGAGAAUAUCUACGAGGAGAUCAGCGACUUGACGAAGGCUCGUCGUCGAGCUGCCCAACAGAAGCAACAGCACUACCAUCAUGCACAUCAGGAGUCUAUCAUGUCCCUUCACCAAAGCUUGGUGGAGGAGGAGGUGCGCAGGGUGCAAAGCGGACACAUGCGAGUGCUGGGGGAGCUGAACCUCUCCGUGGAGGCUAUGUUGAUGCCCUCCAACUCUAGGGAGGGCAGCGAUGAUACGGAUCGCGAGAAUGAGGACCAGCUGGCUGAUCUGCUCACGGUGGGCCCCACCGACGAGCUGCUGAGCCCCGUCCCUUUGGGCGGCGACUUGGACAGCGGCUUCAGCGGCAGUUCGAGCAGCGCCAGCUAUCGCAGCGCCGCCGGCAGCCUUCGCCGGGGCCCUGACCGCCCCCGAAGCAGUUGCGGGGCGGCUAAUAUAGGGGGCAGCGGGUGUAAAACACCCGAUGGGGGCAGCACCAAGGGAUUCUGGGGCAAGAAGGCGUGGAAGAAAAUCGCUUCGUUUCCUAGUAAUAUCAGCCUGAACAAAAGCAAAGGUGAGUGGGGUGUGGUUAAUUAG